AAACCCCGCCAUGUCGCAGUUAAGCGACAUUGUUGACUAGCGCUAUGUCGGCCAUUAUUGGUUAGACCGUUAACGAGAUUACGCUCACAAAUACAUUAAUCAAGUUUUCAUUGUGGAAAUGUUACCAUAAGACACUCUAAUAUUAUUAUUAAUGACGCCUCAGACUUCACAGAUUAUUUUGAACUAACCGCUGUACUAAUUUUAGAGCGAGUGCACUGAAGCGAAUUUGGGUCCGAGAGUCAGGCUUAAACAUGGCGGAUCGUACAGGAGACGUAACAUCACUUCGCGGUGGAGAUACAGACCAAAUGACGGAAUCAAAUGGAGAAAUCUCUCUUGUUAACACAGGAUCCGGCGAUCCUAAUCCGCCAAAUCAAAUUGAUCAGCAAAGGCAGCAAUAUCAGCCAACUAAAUUGGAAUCUUUCUUUGCCAUCACGAAAACGCUAUUGAUACGUGCUCUUGUAAUAUAUUUUAUCACGUCAUUUUUCCGACGGCCGUCAACAAGUCCAGAGACGUCCACCGCUGCAAAUUUUGCGAGCAAAUCGCCAGCAUUUAACAUAUUUGAAAAUGGAACUGUUAUGGAUUUGUAUGUGUAUGUAUCAGAAUUACCGAAAUUCAGAGACUUCAAUAAUCCUGAUGCAUUAAUUUGGACUCAAAAAGGACUUGUAUAUGGUGAUUGGACGGGAGGUCCAAAUGGAGAUGGUACAAUUGUGCAUAAUACUCAAAUUAAAACAUCUGAGGCUCUGCAGAAUAAUGGUUCCUUGUACUUGCAUGUAUAUAUUACACGUCAAGGGAGGUCACCAAAUCCUGAGGCAGGGAAAGGUCAUUACAUAGCUAGUCAGGUAGCGUACAAUAAAAGGAUGCUGAAUAAAUUCAAGAAAUUGAAAUACACAACCACUCAUAAUCUUCUUACUGGUGAAACUGCUGCCACACCAGAAGUUAUAGAGAAAGCGAAAACAAUGAAGGAAGAGAUUGUGUCUCAUUGGCAUCCAAAUUUAACAAUUAAUUUAGUAACAGACCAAACAAAUUGGGUGCAAGGAGCAGUGCCACCUCCUUUGGAUGAGUUUAUAGAAUUUCUUCCUGGAGGAGAUCGUUAUAAACCUGUUAUAUUUUUAAAUGACUUUUGGAACAUGUUGAGAGAUUAUCAACCUAUAAAUAAAACAACAAAGAGUUUGCAGCUUAGUCUUACUUUCCAGCCACUUUCUCUUUUUAAGUGGCAGAUAUAUUCUGCCCAAGCUAUGAGAAAUAAGUGGACUGCUAGUGUUCUGGGUGACAAUUUUGCCGAAGAAGAUGAAGAAGAUGCAGAUUAUUUGAAAGAGGCAUUGCUUGAAACAUCUCCAUAUCUUUUGGGUCUUACUAUAUUUGUGUCCAUUCUGCAUAGUGUGUUUGAACUUCUUGCAUUUAAAAAUGAUAUCCAGUUUUGGAAUAAUAGGAAAUCUUUGGAGGGUUUAUCUGUACGCUCUGUGUUUUUCAACGUAUUUCAGUCAUUAAUUGUGUUGCUGUAUGUUUUGGAUAAUGAUACAAAUACUAUAGUACGGAUAAGCUGCUUUGUUGGGCUUUGCAUCGAAAUAUGGAAAAUUCAUAAAGUCAUGGAUAUAAAUGUGAACAGAGAAGCAAGAAUAUUUGGAUUUAUUCCUCGUAUUAAUUUUACGGAUAAAGGAUCGUACAUCGAGUCCAGUACUAAGCAAUAUGAUAUGAUGGCUUUCCGAUAUUUGUCUUGGGCUCUGUACCCUCUCUUAGGUGGUUAUGCAGUGUAUUCUCUCUUAUACCAAGAACAUAGAGGCUGGUACUCAUUUGUUCUUAACAUGUUAUACGGUUUUCUUUUGACUUUUGGAUUUAUCAUGAUGACUCCUCAGUUAUUCAUUAAUUAUAAACUUAAAUCGGUGGCCCAUCUUCCAUGGCGAAUGCUUACAUACAAGUUCCUGAACACUUUUAUCGAUGAUAUCUUUGCAUUUGUUAUUAAAAUGCCAACGUUGUAUAGGUUGGGGUGCUUCCGUGAUGAUAUUGUGUUCUUCAUUUUCUUAUAUCAACGCUGGAUAUACAAGACAGAUCCCACUCGAGUUAAUGAAUUUGGGUUUUCUGCUGAAAUGGAGGCAGAAGCAGCUGCAAAUCGCAGUACUGCAAAUGGAUCUGUUCCCACACCUGCAUUGCAAGAUGCAAGUGCUGAAAAUACCAAAGAUCCUGAAGAAAAGAAGCGUGAUUAAUGUGCAAUAUCAAGAGAUAACAAACCGUCACACACAGCAGCGGCAGCUGACCUCUUGGCUCACUGCAUCCUUACAUCUGGAGCACAGAUUACAUUACGUCUCAACAUUUGUACUGCUAGGGAGAGGAGUGUCACAAAUAUGUUGUUCAAAUUCACAAAUUCAGAGCCAAAUCUGUUUUGUGAAAGUUAUGCUUACGUUUUGAUAUUAGUGAUAUCCAACGUUGAGACGAUAUGAAUAUAUGAUAAAUAACAGUCUUGUAUUUGUGCUUUGGUUGUUUUCCAUGUGAAGAGCACAUUUUUAUAUCUUUGAAACCGUGCUUCUUUUUUAAAAUCUGCCAAAGGAGAUAUAUACUUAUACUUAAGUGUAGAUAUCGUUUGUGGAAAAGGAAAUUAGGUAUUUCUGAAAACCCUCUGUAUUACCGGUUUGAGAGCCUUGAAUAUGUUGUAACAAAAUUGUUAAAGGUUAAGGUUAGUGAGAAGCAUGGAAACUUCCAGUGCGUUCUGUUGUCUUCACACUAUCGACAUUUCAGCAUUUUUACUCUAUUUGUCAAUCCUCGUACUGUGUAUUGUGUAAGGCUGUUGGACGUUUGUGAAUUUAAUGGCCUAAUAUUAUGACAUCUCACAUACCCUACCCUGCUCUUUCAUAUGAAUCUUUCAAUCCAACAAGUAUGAUGCAAGUACUACUCUGCUAUGUUGAACAGCAUGAAAAAUAUUUAGUGAUUUAACAAAAGUGAACUUCAGUCUUCAUUGUCUGUUCUUUUACAAGAAAUAGAAAUAUUGAAUUCACGAAGAGAAAUUUAAGAUUAACUGUUGCAUUUCAAUACCAUUCCGGUACUCGAACACCAGGGCAGAAGAGUCAAUCGCAGACUCCAGAAUACUAUUGCAGAAUAAUUGAAGAAGAAAUGUAUGUUAAAAACUAUUGCCACAUGUAUUUAGCAAUAUAUUAGGUGCAUUUUUGCAAGUUAGUGUUUAAAUAUUUUGAGUUUUUGAGAUGUCGUAAAGACUUCAAGAAAGGAUCUGUUAAUAAAAUCCUAAACAAUGAAAAAGUAACUUCUUUCUUAAACAAAGAUAAAGAAAAACACUAUGAUGGGAUCCACUGUUGAUACCUCACACCCUGUUGGUAUGCAUCUAUUAAUAACAGAAAACAAAUGUUACUGAAAUAUAUUUUAGUUUUUUUUUUCUCUCUCACUUCAAUUCUUUCUGAAUAACUGAAAAAUUACUCGGUGUAUGAAUUUAUGAAUGUUAUUAAGACACAAUUAACUUUUUUUUAAAUAGAAACUGCCUGCAAUUUCCUAUUAAUAGUGUUAUCAAAACACUUUUUGCCAAUACGGGGGGAGGGGAAUAAUGCAUGGAUACAAGUACAUACAAUCUGUGUACAAGACUGAAAAGUAAGGGAAGAAAUAAAAAUUGUUGUGUUUGAAAAAUCUGUGAAACAAAUGAUUGUUUCAAUGAUUUAUUAUUAAUAGAGAGCAAAGUAGUAUUUUAUUUCAUAAAAAUGUGAUAUUUUUUUAAGCAAUACAAUAAUUUUACCUCAUUUUUCAAAAAUGCUUUCCCAGCUAUUGGAUAUUCCAGAUGUACAGAAGAUGACCAUGAUAUGAAUAUUGCAUCGUUACUGCACUUGCUCAUGAAUUCUUGCAAAUUUCAUUCAUUUUUUGUCAGCUGGAGGCAGAAGUGUCAACCGACUUGAAUGUAACAAAGCCAGACAGUAAUACUCACAAAAUGCACAGAAAAGCACUGGAUUGAUGCACAUGCAUAAGGUUUGGAUAUCAAAACUUUCAGACUAUUAGUGAUGUCUUGAUCGCAAGCAAGUUGUUAAAGAUCCAUUUUAUUAAUUUACACUGUACUACACUUACUUACUCUUCAUUACAAAUACUGGGCCAAACUUCAUUAGAACUUCCUAAAAUCUUAAUGUUUUUCUUUACACCCCUUGUUUUUGUCAUAUUUGUCACACACACAAACACAAAGAACAAGAGGAAGUGCAUGUGGCAGUUAGAAUCAAUGGUGAACACCAAAUGAAAUAGUUGGCAGAAAGGCACAUACAUUUAUGUAAAGUGACACAUUCAGGCAUCAAGUGCAGUAACUGCUCAACACCCCAUGAUAUUACUGUGUGAAUUAAAUGGAAAUAUUCCAAAGAAAUGUAUUAGAUGUGUGCUGUAUAACAGAAUAUUCAAUAAAUAAAAAAAUUCUUAAAUAAAAAGUUUAGUAUUUUUUCGCAUUGAUAAAAGUAUAAAACA